AUGGCGGGCUUCUUACGCUUCCUGCUCUCACGAAUGGUCUCGCGCUUGAUGCGGACCGAGGGCCCACCUGUGCCCGAGCCGCCGACCUCGUCCGGUCUCCCGCCGCCACCGCUGCCUCCGCCGGCACACUCGCCUGCGCCACCCAUGCCCGCACCGCUGCACCCUGCCGGGAACCGCGGCCAUGCCGGAUCGGCACCCGGGCCUGCCCUCCCUCCUCCGCCGCCGGUACUUGCGCUCGAUGCGACAGGGGUCGACGAGGCGUACUACGACAACCUCGAGGACGACGUCAACGAUGACGACGACGACGACGACGACGACAACUACGAUGAUGAUGACGAUGAUGAUGACGAUGACGUCGACGAAGAGGAAGAGCUGCGGAGGCGCAGGGCUACCGGCCGAUCUGACGAUGGCCUCUUCGGCAAUGUCCUCUCCGAGCUGAUCAAGGCCCGCGUGCCCGGACGGAGGCAGUCGGGCAGGUCUCGCAGCGGACGGACGCUGCCGUCGACGCCUGGUGAGCCGUCCCGGCUCUCAUCGUCGUCAAUGGCUGCUGCAGCUGCCGCACGGGCGGCAGGUCCAGUCAGAGGCGGUGGGAACGGCUCUCCGCGUCGGCUCGCCCACGAUGGCUCGCUCACUACGCCGUCGGGCUCGCCGCGCUCCAAGCGGGCGUCGCUGGCGGCAGACGACUCGCUGACCGAGGGCAUUUCGUCGAACGACGACGAGACGGCCGAAGACUUCUCCGACGACGAAUACUCGACCAUGCUGGCGUAUGGCCACUUUCAGUCGGCCAACGCGUCCAAGGACUCGUUCCGCUACGUCGCCAACACCCUCCUGCACUCGUCGCUCUCCAUCGAUGACCCGACGCUUCCGCCGCCGCUCCCGCCGCCAGCCGCCGCGCCUUCUAACCUCAGCACCCGCAGCCCGCCGCCGCCGCCGGCCGGCUCACUCGCCACCCCGGCAAGCCGCCAGGCCUACCGUGCCCAGCGCGCCUCGACCUCGGGCACCUUUGGCCUCCUGUCUGAGCGCCCCAAGAAGCCCGCCCGCCCGCCGCCGCGCCCGCCUAGCAUGCCGUCGUCGCCCGCCUCAUCGCCGCCGGUCUCACCGUCAUCGGGCUCGUUCCCCGCUCCGCCGCCGGCGCUCUCGACCCGUCCCCCGCCGGUCGGCCCGCGGGUCUCGUCGCAGCGCUCGUCAACGAUAACCGCGCUCUCGCGGAGCGCGCCGCCGCUUCCGCGCUCGCGGCCGUCGUCGAUGCCGCUCAAGGCCCGCAUCGCCCCGCCGUCGUCGUCGCUCGGCAAGCGCAUGUCCGCGCCCGUCGACUCCUUCCGCACCUCGACUCCGCCACCGCCCGCCCUCCUCCUCGCUCCGCUCCCGCUCGUCCCGCGGCUCGCGCCCGACACCCGCACCGCCCUCGAGUCGGCCCGCUCCCGCGGCAAGCCGUCGUCGUCGCGGUCCGGCACUGCGCCCGGUGGCUCCCAGUCGCCGCGCGGUAAGCGGUUCUCACGCGACCUCUCGACCCGCACGCCGCCGCCACCGCCGGCCCCAGCGCCUGCAACCGCCUCGCCGCCGCGGACCAAGCCACGGGUCUCGGUGCCGGGCGCCGACGCGCAAGCCAAGAAGACCAAGAUGAACCUCGCUCGCGACAUCAACCUUCUCGGCGCUGCUCGCGGCAUUUUCGAGCCCGAGCCUGUUGCGGAAGAAUACGUUGAUCGGGCCGACCUCCGAUGGAUGACCGCCGACGAGCACAUCGCCGCCUUUGGCGAGGGCUCGACCGAGAUCCGCGAGAUCGACGCCGCCUCGCUCGCUGCCCUCGUGGAGCAGGCCACCCACAAGCGGUCGAACACCAAGCUCCAGAUGCAGCUCCUCCUCUCGUACCCAGGCUACACCACAGCCCACGACCUGCUUGCUGCCAUCAUCGACCGCUACUGCAUGGAAGUGCCGCUCGGCCGCGAGAAGGAGGUCAUCCCGGUCCGGGUCCAGGCCUUCCACAUGCUCAAGCUCUGGCUCGCCGAGCGCCCGUUCGACUACACCGAAGACCCCAAGCUGGCCGACGCGCUCCGCGCCUUUUUCGACGGCACUCUCCCCUCGAUGGGCCUCGCCCGCACCGGCCAGGUCCUCAAGCGCUGCCUCGCAAAGACGCUCGAAACAUACUGCGGUGACGGCCAGUCGCUCAAGGCCUCAGACAUCCUCUCGGCCCACGCCAUGAUCAAGGCGCCCGCCGCCGCCACCAUGGGCCUCGCCUGGACCGACAUCUCGGACAAGAUCCUCUCGGAGCAAGUUACCCUCUAUGAUGUCGAGCUGUUCAAGAAGAUUGGCGUCCGCGAGCUGUUCAACAAGGCCUGGUCCGACAAGCACCGCAAGCAUGAGCGCGCGCCCAACGUGCUUGCCGUCAUCUCAUGGUUCAACCACUUUUCGUCGUGGAUCAUCACCCAGAUCGUCUCCGAGACUUCGUUCAAGGCCCGCGUUAAGCUCGUCGCCCGCUUCAUCACCCUCGGCAACCACUUCCGCGUCCUCAAUAACCUCUCGGGCGUCAUGGCCGUCGUCGCCGCUCUCAAAACCGCAGAGGUCAAGCGCCUCGCAAAGACCUGGGAAAAGAUGUCGUCCGCCGACAUGCUCCGCUUCGAAGCCCUCACCGACAUCGUCUCCAUGAAGAAGAACUACGCCAACAUGCGCCGCAUCGCGAACUCCACCCCCGAUGACGGCUUCUGCCUCCCCUACCUCGGCAUGUACCUCUCAGACCUGACCUUUAUGGAGGACGGCAAUGUCGACACCGUCGACGACGGCCUCAUCAACUUUCGCAAGUGGCGCGGUGUUGCCUCCAUCAUCGGCAUCAUCCAGCGCCAUCAGAAGAUGCAGUUCAACAAGCCUGUCCACACCGCCGUCCGCGCCUACAUCAAGACCGCCACCAUCUUUGACGACGAGCGCGCCUACGAGGAGUCGCUCCUCCGCGAGCCGCGUAAGAAGAAGCGCAAGAAGGCUACCAAGAAGUAG